UGCUGUUGGGAUUUCUUGGGUGGAGCAUGUUGAGCAUUUGGCCGUGUCAUGGAGGCUCAAGGCUUCUCAAGUCUCGAGUGCAGCACUUCGCUUGUCCAGAUGGCCUUGCCGAAGGAUCAGAGGUGCUUGAAGGAGAGUGAUGGCAUGAAGGUUCAAGUGCUUCGUGGUACAGAUGGCAAGGUGAUUUUCUUGGAAGGUGGCUCAGACUUUGUCGAGAUGAUGUUCAAGCUCAUGCAGUCUCCUCUCUCGAGCCUUCUUGGAGUAUGUCCGAUGAAUCAGGAAAGUGCUCUUUCUCCUCUCGUGGUCCUACGGAAGUCCUUGUCCGAAUUGGCUUUGCAGUCCUUUGCCAAGGGAAGACUUCCAGACGAAACAUUGCCUGGGCCGAUCGAAACCUCUGAGAUCAUGAAGAUGAAACCUUUUGGAACGGAUGGAUUCACAGACUUCAAGAAGCGACGCCGCUCCCGCUCAUGGCGCUCAGGCUCAAGCUCAAGCUCACGACCACGCUCAAAGCAUCGUUCGCGCUCACGUUCGCUCAGGAGGAGGGAGCACUCUGAGGGCAUUUUGAAAGACAACUGCAAGUUCAUGGUCACAGACUCCCUGGAGGUCUUCGAAUCUUCCACAGUCAAGGCCAUGGAGCUUAUGCAAGGCAAGGUGCGUGGCUUCGGUGAUAUCAAGACUUCAAGUGCAACAGUGAGCAAGGAGUGUGUCCAGAACUUGAUUCAACAAAGUUUGCGUGGAUCAAGAACGGUGCUCAGUCAAGUGCUUCUGGCUCAUGGCUGCUCUGCCACUGCCAAGUGAGAAAAAUCGAUGUCGGUGACAGUACAGCACAUCAGAUACGAGAUCACUGCUGCAAUUGAAGUUCAAAGCUCUGAGCGGCACAAAGCAACAGCCUUUGCGACCCGCCAUGCGCUUAAUCACAGUGCGAACAGAUACAGAACAAGCUGAAACAUGCUGAAACUAUGCAAAGCUU